AUGAUAGAACAUUUCCAUCUUUCUUGGCCAAAGACCUGCUUUGCCUAUAAGUUCCUUAGAAAGGGCUCUAUAGAGUUUAAUCACUUUAAUGUUGUCAAACUAAUAGGGCUGGGAGCUUUUGGUAAAGUUUACCUCUGCGAACACAAACUCACAGAUUCCAGCAUGCUUUACAUCAUCACGGAAUUUGUGUCUGGGGGUGAGCUAGCGUACCAAUUAGAGGUGGCGCCCCAUCAAAAAUUUAGUGAGGGUAGAGCUCGCUUUUAUGUGGCCGAACUUUUAGUUGCCAUUGAGUAUUUGCACACUAAAGAGCAAAUAGUGUAUCGAGAUAUUAAACUUGAGAACAUAGUCCUGGAUAAAAAAGGACAUAUCAAGUUAAUAGAUUAUGGAUUUUCCAAAAAACUUUUUAAAGGGGAAAAAACGUAUACUUGCUGUGGUACCACUGAGUACUUGGCGCCUGAGGUUAUUAUGGGAGUCGGCUACAGCUUUGAAGCUGAUGUGUGGAGCAUAGGAGUUCUGCUUUAUAAAAUGGUUGUCGGGCGAGCCCCUUUUUUCACUAGUGAUCUGCGUUGUCGGAAAGCUCAAUUUAAGGUGAUUCUUAGCGGCAAAUUUAAUUUGCCAUAUUAUCUUUCGGCAGCUUUAAAAGAUCUUAUAUGCAGUCUUCUUCAGGUUCAAAGAAGGUAUCGGCUUGGAUCAAUAAAUGGGUUAGUCGACAUAAAGAAGCAUGAAUGGUUCUCCGGGAUAGAUUGGGGUGCUAUAAAGAAGAAGACCGUGAAACCGCCGAAACCAUACAGUUACGAGAAUUUAAAUCUUAAUAACCCUUAUUGGCAUAGUAACUCAGUUGCUGAGGAGGUGAAGCACUCAGUUUUCAGUGACUUUGACUUUAACCCAGAGAAUUUAGUAGCGGCUGAGAAGGCUUUGUCUUGACUAUU